CAGCGGCAGCGGCGGGGGCGGUGGCGGCGGCGAUAGCGGCGAGAGCACGGAGCCCAUUCAUGAUCCAGCGAACGGGGCCGGUGGCAAGUAAAGCGGAACCGGUGCCCUGUAAAGCGGCGCCGGUACCGCCGUCAUGGAGACAUCGGGGCAUCUCCACGAUUCGGGCGUGGGGGACUUGGAGGAGGAUGGUCGGUGUCCCUGCCCGUUACCGGGGGAUGAACGGUCACCGCCGCCGCCCUCCGCGCUGCCGCCGCUCCAGCACAGCCUGUUGCACUCCUCGCCCGGGUCGUUACGGGCCCCUCCUCCUCCUCCCGCCGCCCCCGCCGCCCUCCACCCUUCCUCCCGCCACGGCAGCCAGCUCAACCUCGGCGACCACCCAGCGGGCUCUGGGGUGGCUAGCAGCAAACACCGGCAGCCCAGCCCCUUGGUUCAUCGGCGGGACAGCAACCCCUUCACCGAGAUUGCCAUGAGCUCCUGCAAGUACAGCGGGGGGGUGAUGAAGCCCCUCAGUCGACUCAGCGCAUCCCGACGGAACCUCAUCGAGGCCGAGCCGGAGGCACAACCCCUGCAGCUCUUUGGUGCCGGGGAACCGCCUGAAAUUGUUGUCUCACGCGAGGACAACCAUGCACCUGCCACCCACCGUCCCACCCGCCCGCCUGCCCGGCCAGCCCCCACCACCUUUGCCAAGGGGCCCAAGCGCAAGGCACAGAACAUUGGCUACCGGCUUGGGCACCGCCGGGCACUGUUCGAGAAGAGGAAGCGCCUCAGCGACUACGCGCUCAUCUUCGGCAUGUUUGGCAUUGUCGUCAUGGUCAUUGAGACCGAGCUCUCCUGGGGGCUCUACUCCAAGGACUCCAUGUUCUCCCUGGCCCUGAAAUGCCUUAUAAGCCUCUCCACCGUCAUCCUGCUGGGCCUCAUUAUCGCCUAUCACACACGGGAGGUGCAGCUCUUUGUGAUCGACAACGGAGCUGACGACUGGCGGAUAGCGAUGACCUAUGAGCGCAUCCUCUACAUCAGCCUGGAGAUGCUGGUUUGUGCCAUACACCCCAUCCCUGGGGAGUACAAAUUCUUCUGGACAGCUCGCCUGGCUUUCUCCUACACACCUUCUCGGGCAGAGGCUGAUGUGGACAUCAUCCUGUCCAUCCCCAUGUUCCUGCGCCUCUACCUGAUUGCUCGGGUGAUGCUGCUGCACAGCAAGCUCUUCACUGAUGCCUCCUCACGCAGCAUUGGGGCACUCAACAAGAUUAACUUCAACACCCGCUUCGUCAUGAAGACACUCAUGACCAUCUGCCCUGGGACAGUGCUGCUGGUCUUCAGCAUUUCCCUCUGGAUCAUUGCUGCAUGGACAGUCCGUGUGUGUGAGAGGUACCAUGACCAGCAGGAUGUAACCAGCAACUUCCUGGGUGCCAUGUGGCUCAUCUCCAUCACCUUCCUCUCCAUUGGCUAUGGUGACAUGGUCCCACACACCUACUGUGGGAAGGGAGUCUGCCUGCUCACUGGCAUCAUGGGUGCUGGAUGUACAGCACUGGUGGUGGCUGUGGUGGCCAGGAAGCUGGAGCUCACCAAAGCUGAGAAGCACGUCCACAACUUCAUGAUGGAUACACAACUGACAAAGCGGAUCAAGAACGCAGCAGCCAACGUCCUGCGGGAAACAUGGCUUAUCUACAAGCACACCAAGCUGCUGAAGAAGAUCGACCAUGCUAAAGUCAGGAAGCACCAGAGGAAGUUCCUACAAGCCAUCCACCAGUUACGGAGCGUGAAGAUGGAGCAGAGGAAGCUGAGUGACCAAGCCAACACCCUUGUCGACCUCUCGAAGAUGCAGAACGUGAUGUACGACCUCAUCACCGAGCUAAAUGACCGCAGUGAGGACCUGGAAAAGCAGAUCAGUGGCCUGGAAUCCAAGCUGGAGCAGCUCAGUGCCAGCUUCAACUCCCUGCCCCUGCUGAUGGCCGACAUGCUGCGCCAGCAGCAGCAGCGCCUGCUUGCCGCCGUCCUGGAGGCCCGGGGGGUCAGCGUGCCGGUGGGCACCCCCCAAACACCUCUCUCUGAGAGCCCCAUUGGGGUCAGCUCCACCUCCUUCCCCACCCCUUACACGAGCUCAAGCAGCUGCUAAAAUGCAGCCCCUCAACCCCACUGUGGACAGGGGAAGCAUUUCCACACAGAUCAUGAGGUCUCUGUGAACUUUCUUCUGGUCCUUGAACCGCUGCAGGACCCUUCAGCUGGAGCCAGUGGGACCAGCAGUGCCGAGCAAUGCUCGGAGCUUUGCCAACGCCUUGGUAUCGGGAAUUGCAUCCCCAUUCAGGUGCCUCUACACGUGGUGAAGGAAGGGGACAGAAGGUGAUGCCUCGGGCCAGCCUGUGCUGCGGCAUCCAGUGGCAGACGGAAAACCCACGCUCAAUCUCAGGUCUUCACAUUUGAAAAAACAAAACAAAACAAAACAAAACACCAAGUCAGAAGCACUGAAGCAACGGAGACACCGGAGGGAGAGUUUAUCUCCCUGGGGCACUCCCCUUGCCCCCUGCCCCUCUCACCAUUGCCUAACCUCACCAGGCAGAUGCCAAUGUGGGAGGUUCCUUAUGCAGGCUCUGGCUGACGCUGCCUAUGCUCCCUGCCAUCCCAUCUCCUUGCCAGGACCCACAGGACAGCCCCUUCACAUUGACAGCUGGGUGACAAUGUCUGGCUGUAACCUUCCUGGGGAGUUCUCUGGAGCUGUGAGUGUUUUCUACCCAGGGAAGAGCAAUGGACACUUCUUCUUUCUGGUCCUUAGUGUCAUAUCCUGCCUGGAGACACAUGCCAGAGCCAGGAAAGCAGUGCCUACAGCGUGCAGGGCCACGCACGGGCUGCCCCAGCCAAUGUGUUGGUGGCCAGUGAUGGGGCUGGCAGGCCAGCCCGGGCGCUGGGGGGGUCUCCAGGUGCUCACAUCACUGCCUGCUGGGAGCCUCUCAGCAUUUUGCAAAGCCAGUGGGCUCUUUGCAGCAGUCUCAGAAGUGCUGGAUGAAACACCUCACCAGCUCCAACCACCUCCACUUGUGCUGGGAACACAACUGGGCUCCCUGCCUGAGCCCAGUUGGCAGUGUCAAAUCCACCAGGAUCAAGCAGGAGCUCAUUGGCAAGUGAUGUGGUAGCAGGGGCAGGUGCUUCAUCUGUUUAAAACAAAGCCCAUCGCCUUCAUGCCACUUCUGCUGGGUUUGGUGGAGGGCAGCAGCACUCUCUGGCAGCAUCUUGGCGAUGGCAGUGCUGCCCAUGCCUGCCAAAGUGCAGCAUCUCAGACUCCGUUAUAGUUUUUGCUGGUGUGCAGCUUCCUGAGGUACCCUUGGCAUCACUUGGCUGCUUCUGGAACCAGCCACUUUCUGUUUUUCUUUCACUAUUUCUCCCUUUUUCCUCCUCAGUUCUUCCCCAGUGUCGUGUUCUGGCUUUCCUGGAUCCUUGCAUGGAGCCGUGCGAGGCUCCGACUUUGGGGUUCGUGUUUGCUGCUUUCCAUGAAAACUCAGCAGAGAAUAUUUAUAUAUUUUUAAACAGAUGAAGUAACCAUGUAAUUACUCUGCAAUAUUAAUUACACCUCACCCAGCAGUGUCAGUAAUUGUAAUCAGCCACUGUGUUACUCCAGGUAUACUCAGCCUGUAAUGUUCCCCUUUGUAACUUUUUCCUGUCCAUAAAUAAUGCUGGAUUUUGUGCGCAUAUAGGGGCAGAGACACACCAUCCUCCUGCACCGCCACCCCUACACCCCCAGUGCCGAAGAAUUUCUUUGCUGCCAGUGGUGUGAGGUGGUUUCACACCUCCUUGUGCCCUGCAGUUAGAGUUACGUGGAAAAUAAGCAGUAGUUAGUGAGGAGUGCUGCCCCCACGCUGGCCCUAGGAGGAGGAGGAGGAGGAGGAGGAGGAGGAAGAAGGCUGUAAGGCAACAGCAGGAGUACUGCAAAAUGAGCUGCCUGUGCUGCAGAUGUGCUGGUAGCAGGGGACCGAACACGGGCAUCCCUGUUGCCUUCAGGUAGGCAUGUGCCCGUUGCUACUGGUCCUUGGCCAGUAGGACAUGUUCGGCUUCUGGGAAUGAGCUGCUCUUCCAAGCUCUUGUAAUUAGUGUCCUUGAUAUCCCGUGGGUGGCUGGGAAUUCACUGCUGCCUUGGCAGCCCCCCAUGAUCUAUUCCUAGCCCAGCUGCUGCUCCCUGUAUGCCUCUGGGUGUCUCCCUGUCCAUCUUGCCCAGCAGAAGCUCCUGCUCAUCUCGGUCAGGAGGUUCCCAGCACAGCAAUGGAGAAAAUGUUAGAAAUUCUGAGAAAGAGCCUGAAAUGCAGCAUUUUCCCUGGCCUGCAGGCAGCUAGUGGAGAAAAAUGCUUUCUGGGCCUCAGAGAAGAGCAAACUGCCCAUGGCAUGGGGCUGUGCGUGGGGCAAGGUGCGAAGACGUGUCCUGGGGCAUCAGAGAGCCAGAGGAAGUGUUGAUCGUCAAAGAUCAAUAUUGCCAGCAGGAACCCAGGAACCUCCCUACAGGCUCAUGAUCAAGUUUGGGAAAUCCAACCAAGUGAGACAAGAGCAGGCACUGUCAGCUUGCAGGCCCCAAGGCUGGAGGUGGCAAGGAGCACGGCGAGAGUGUUGGAAUUGCAACUGGAGCAAGAGAUCCUUGUUCUGGGGCAGAGCAGCUGCUGCUGCAGUGGGAUUUCGAUUCCUGUGCACCCCACAACCUCCCUCCCCUGGCCUCACCUCAGCACAACCUGCACAACCUGCAACAACCCUUCUGCCUGGGACUUGGCAGCCCAGUGUCUGCACCCUAUGCCCUGCACCUUGCACCCUACACAACCCCACACACUUAUCCCGCCCCCUGCACCCCCCAUUCCACACCCCUGAAUCCCCAUCCCAACCC